CUUUCAGUUUCCUUCAAGCCCCUGGUGAGGGGAGUGAAUCCUGUCUGAGAGGCGUUUCCUCUUCUCCAAGGAACAACAACUUCUCCAUUCAUAUCUGAGGAUAACUGAGUGGUCUGUGGAGGGCAGAAUUUGAAAGAUACACAAGAAAAAAACGGAAUCUGCUUAGGAUCUGUGAACGAGACAACUGUCAGAAAUCUAGACAGUGAGGAGCAGGUCAGCCACUGCCAUGGCUUCAGGAAUCCUGAUGAACAUACAAGAGGAAGUGACCUGCCCCAUUUGCCUGGAGCUUCUGACGGAACCCCAGAGCCUUGACUGUGGCCACACCUUCUGUCAAGCCUGUAUCACUGCAAACAACAAGGAAGCCAUAAUUGGCCAAGAGGGGCAGAAAAGCUGCCCUGUCUGCAGAGUUAGUUUUGAGCCUGGGAACCUGCGGCCUAACAGGCAUGUGGCCAAUAUAGUGCAGAGGCUCCGAGAGGUUAAGGUGAGCCCAGACGUGGAGCAAGAGAGAAAUCUCUGUGCUCACCAUGGAGAGAAACUCCAGCUCUUCUGUGAGCAGGAUGGGAAGGUCAUAUGUUGGCUUUGCGAGCGAUCUCAGGAGCAUCGAGGUCACAACACAUUCCUCAUGGAGGAGAUUGCACCACACUACCAGAAAAUGCUCCAAUCAUGUCUGCAGAGGCUGAAGGGGAAAAAACAGGAAGCUGAGGAGUUGGAAAUUAAAGUCAGAGAAGAGAUGUCUACUUGGAAGACUCAAAUACAAACUGAGAUACAAAGUGUCCAGGGAGAGUUUACAAAACUAAGACAAAUCCUGGACAGUGAGGAGGCGAAGGAACUGAGAAAACUGAAGGAUGAGUUGGGAGUUAUUCUCAAAGAGCUGGCAGAAUCUGAGAAUGAUCUGGUCCAAGAGAAGCUGUUGGUGAGCAGUCACAUCUCAGAUGUGGAGCGCCGUUUGCAGGGAUCAACAAUGGAGCUGCUGCAGGAUGUGAAUGUUAUCCUGAAAAGGAGUGAAACCGUGGCUCUGAAGAAGCCAAAAUCUUUCCCCAAGGAACAGAGGAGAGUGUUUCGAGCUCCUGAUCUGAGAGAGAUACUGCGUGUGUUUAAUGAUCAGCUGACCCCGAAUUCUUCUAAGAGAGCAAAUGUCAUUUCUCCGGAUCAGAGUCAAGCAGGAUAUGCAUCCAGUUGGCAACCCUAUGAUGCAUCCCGCUGCCAACUCUCUGAUGCAUCCAGUUUCCAACGCUUUGGUGCAUGGGGAUCCUUUUCAGGAUUUUGAUGUCCUGGGCUCCCCAGUUAUCACAUCAGAGAGACAUUACUAAGAGGUAGACGUGUCACAGAAAAGUGCCUGGAUCAUGGGGAUGCUGUUCUGCUAAGUCAUUUCAGUUGUGUCUGACUCUGUGCAACCCCACAGACGGCAGCCUACCAGGCUCCCCUUUACCUGGGAUUCUCCAGGCAAGAACACUG